AUGCCAACCAAAGCCAAAGGAGAACAGUUGAGAGAAUUCGUGGUGAUUGGACGUAAGCUACCAUCUGAUAAGGAUCCAAAUCCACCGAUGUACAAAAUGCAAAUAUUCGCUACUAAUCACGUAAUCGCAAAAUCGCGUUUCUGGUAUUUCACGAGUAUGUUGAGGAGAGUGAAGAAGGCGAAUGGAGAAAUUGUUUCCUGCGAGGAGGUGUUCGAAAGGCGACCAGGCAGUAUCAAGAACUACGGCAUCUGGUUGAAAUACGAUUCACGUACAAAUCACCACAAUAUGUACCGUGAAUAUCGUGAUAACACGGUGGCCGGUGCUGUGACACAAUGCUAUCGUGAUAUGGGUGCACGCCAUCGAGCACAAGCCGAUCGUAUUCAUGUAAUCUUUGUUUUGCUUUGUGUUUGA